AUGUCCACCCCCCUCGCCACAGUAGCCAUCCUCUCAAUCGGGCAAAUGGGCCUCGGCAUCGCCGCACUCCUCACCUCGCACAACUACCGCAUAACAACCAACAUCAGCGGCCGCAGCGCCGCCACAAAAGCGCGCGCGGAAUCCGCUGGCAUACACCUCUACGCGUCAGACGAAGAGCUCGUCGCAGAUGCAGAUUACAUACUGAGUAUCGUGCCGCCUGGUGACGCCGUGGCGACGGCGAAACGCGUGGUAUCGGCGCUGCAGUCAGAGAAGUGUAAGAGCGAGAGGAGAGAGAAGGGGAAGGGCGCGAUAGGACAAGGGGGAUAG